AUGAGUAUGGACUUUGUGUUUAGCCUGCCGAAGGACUUGGCGGGCAACACGGAUGUAGUAAUCUUUGUGGACCGUUUGAGCAAGAUGGCUCAUCGUGCUGCAGUGCCGGACACCAUCGACAGUGUGGGUACAGCAACGCUGUCUACCGAACGUGUCAUUCAACAGCAUGGACUCCCGGGUAACAAUCAAAGGCAUAUGAAGUAA